CGUUUGUUGGAGGGCUUGUAGAGGCGCCACGUAGCGGCCGCCGAUCCGGGGCACAGCGGCAGCGGGCGCAUGGCGUCGGCGGCGGGGUAUAAAACGGCCGCGUCCGGCAAGGCCCGACCCGGUGCCAGUGCGCGGUCGGGCGGCAGGGCCGCCGUGACCCCGUCCUCGGACGUCGGCGCCGGACUGCCGGGAUGAAUAGCGCGGCGGUCAUCGGGCGCCAGCUACGCCAACAGAACACGGGACGCGCGGGAGCCGCCGGCGGCUCGUCUCUCACCGCAGCCUCGGCGCGCGCUCGCGCCCCGUCCCACUGCAACCUGAUCCCGACGCAGUCUCAGCAGCUCCAGCAGCACGGUCAACAGCAGCAAGCGCACGGCGGUGCCUCAGGCGCCGGCGGUGCAGCCUCGUCCCAGGAGAACAAGGACGAGUCAUCGGGAACCCGAUGGACCUGGAGCUGCGUGUGGGAGGCAUGCAAGGCACUCUCGGGGGGCAUCUUUCUACUGGCCCUGGGCACGGCCAUGUGCGUGGUGGGCUUUUUCGCCGAAGAUUUGGCCACGUCGCCUGUGCCACGCCAGGGCAACGCGUCCACCCCCGUGGCCGCGGCGUCGUCGUCGACUACCACGUCCGACGGCGCCGCCGCUGAGUCGCAGGUGGCCACGACCCUCGUGGUGGACCGCAACCGCGAGUACCACCUGCACAACCUGUCGUUCGCGGGCCCCGCCAUCAUGGGCCUGGGCGGCAUCUUCAUCGUGGCCGCAUGCGUGCUCACCUUCGAGGCCAAGGAGCGGCCCCACCAUCAACGGGUCGUGCCCGUGGACGAGAAGAGGCCCUCCGCCGCGGAGGUACUCAUCCCGGUGCUGGCCAAGACGCCCCAAGGCACUCACCUCACCGUGCCGGCCGUGUGGACCACGACGGCGGCCGGAGCCAACAACAGCGACGACCCGGGGCCCUCGGAGCCGCCCCGGACGCUGGUGCUCCCGAAGAAGAAUUCCGUCACCACGACGACUACGGCCACGACCACGACCACGUCGUCGCGCAACAGCGCGGCGCCACCGACUAGGAACAACGGCAGCCGAGGCAAGAGAGGCAGCGUGGCCGGCGCCAGUAGCAGCGCGAGCAGUUCCAUCAUCGCCGCUGCCUACGCGGCCAGCAGGUCGGGGACGAAGACGGCCCGGACGUCGCUUUCGUCCACCACGACGUUCCUGCUGAGCCCGCGCUACGAGGAGCAGUUCCUGCCGUCGCCCGCGGACCUGCAGAUCCAGGACCCGGACGGCUGUGACACGCCGGCCGACGAGUCGCUCUCCUCGGUCAGCAUCGAACUGUACGCGCGGCGGUACACGAGGAUGCCGUCGACUUCGUCGUCGCCGCGCCUCUUCGCGUCCGUCGAGAGCGACGGUCUCUCGGACUCUGACGACGACGACGCGGUGACGCCCGGCGGCUACGCGCCCGCGGGGGCCUUCGAAGACCAGGUGGUUCCGUUGCUGGGACGGUGCAGCCCUCAGGACUUGGUGUAUCUGCCGCCGCCAACGUCGUCCCGGUCGUCUCAUCACCACCACCGGGACGGUUCCAAGAGGUUUCCCCUGCUGCGGCAGUCGGCGUCCAACGCCGCCGACGGCUGCAGUCGGGGCCUCAACGGCAGGGCUUCCGCCGACGAGAUGGUGCCCAGCUAGGAGCGCGUUACUCUAUCCGCCCCCGAAAGGACCCGGUCUUCGGCCGCUCUCCGCCGGGUGUGUGUUUUCAGCCGUUUCGUAAGAGGAGCUGUGACCCCCCUCCGGCCGCCCCCCGUCUCUCUAGACCGAAGCUUCGUCGAUCAUGCUCGUUGUUUUAUUAUUAUUUCUUCGUUAUUGUUCAUCGAGGAAGCACUCGACGCUCCGUGUACUAGAAGGAUCCGUCUACGAUACAAGCUGAAAGCCCGUCUUCCGCCACGUCGUGUCCUGCAACUGCAGAAGGCCCAUCAAGCCGCGAGGGCACACGAAAAGAGGACCGGUGAAGCGACACGGGCGCCCACUGAUUGGCCGAGCAACAACAUCCAACGUUGCCAGACGUCCACCAUAUCGGAGGGAACGACUCCGACACGCCACUUCACGUGACGUCACCAAUGCGUCUUGUGCCGGGGGCCAAUCAACGACGCUCGUGUCGCGGCUCGAACUGAAGGCGGCGUGACGACUACUGUCUUCUACGAAGACGACGAUGACGUCAGCGACAACGUUACAAGCUGCACACACCGCAGCGCACAAAAAGUGACAAGGAAUUCAGCGAGUGCAUUCUUUUUGCUUUUGUUCUAUUAAUGACUCGCUCCCCACGAAAAAAAAAAUACGCAAAAAUGAGUGACGGAGCUACUACGCAAUGGUAGUGAGAGUGAACUGCUUGUGGUUAUGAUUAUGAUCUUUUAAUAUACAGCAGGGGCCAUGUUUUGAGCUUGCGACGGGGGUUGGAGAGGGGGGGCAUGCUUAUAUAUACUAGGCCGUUGAACUGUCGGAUUUCACUGCGUCCGUCCUAAGGCAACACACAAGGUCAAACUUCUCUCACAUUUCGUGAAAUGUUCUGUUUUCUAUAUAUUUUUCCUUUUUCGAUGUCUUGGGACUCACGAGAUUAAAUUUCGUGGGUCAAGUGAAAGCUACAAGCGUUUGAAGAUAACGUGUAAUGAUGUACGUGAGUACAACGUCGUCUACGACACAGACGUACGCUUCCUGCAUGAUAUAUAUACGAGGUAAACGAUUUCAGCGUCUCGCGAUUCGCAUGUUCCCGGAUGUCAUGUCUUAACUAAUUAACCUUGGAUGCUUUAAUUAGCGAGAAUACGUGGCAGCUGUAAUACAAAAAACUUGCCUAUAGAAAGACGAAAACAAAUCGUACUACGCUAAAGGGCCUCUACCUGUAACAUUAUAUACGGUCGUAAGAUUUACAUGCGAAGGCCUGUUUCUUCCCAUAAAAGCCUAUAGGACCGUAUAGGACAAUGGUACUGGUCUUGGGCUUCAUACGCGUUAUCAAAAUUUUCGUACAUCAAACAAAUUUUUUUUCCUUAACAACGUAACUUUCUAAUAAAGUACCACUAAACCUAACUUUUAAUUAAUCUCUGCAAAAAAUUGAGAUAAUAUUGUUAAGUCAACGUAAUUAACUUUUCUUAACUCCUGCGUAUGUCUUACAACCGGCCGUUUCCCGAUAUUGCCGCUAAUAUUCAAUAAUAAUUAGCGAGUUAUAUCAAAGCAUCUAAACAGUGAUUAGAUGGCUUCGAUUUGAGUUUCUCCGAAAUUCGCAAUUCUUACUCUGGAAUAUGUGAAAGUUUAUAUUGCGGGUACUUUUGGCGUAGCUACGCAAGCUUACGAAAAAUCCUUGAAAAUAUGGUGUAGCUAGAUGUUGCUGUCUUCUUUAAGGCAGCAC